GGACCAUCCCACAUAACCAAACGAGUUUUGCCCUCUUUCUCCCACUUAACCGAAAAAGGGUCACUUGUUCCUCAUCCACCGCACUCGUUACUCAGGUCUACCACGUUCGCCACCGUCAAUCAUUGCUUCAUUUCAUUGAUUCUUACUGCCCGCAAUUACAUCCCACCAACGGUUCUCCUCUUGCUCUCUCUCUCUCUCUACGUCAUAGUAAAAGUUAAGGAACAAAAUACCUGCUUGGUGCAUUAGAGUAGAUUCCGGUCUUCGUUUCUCCUGCUGCCAGUUGUGCGAAGAAUGAGGCAGAGACACAGUACAGCUGAAUCACCAUCCGCUAAACUCACACCUCAAAACCCUGAUAUCUCCAAACAAGGAGGAGGAGGAGAAGAAACAAAGUCCCAGAAAUCUAACAUCUUUUCCUCGUCAAAGAAUAUCUUUGCACUGUGUCUAGCUUUUCGAAUAGCAAAUUCUCUGCUGAUACAAACAUAUUUCAAUCCAGAUGAGCACUGGCAAGCCCUUGAAGUUGCUCAUCGCAUUGUAUUUGGGUACGGUCACUUGACUUGGGAGUGGAAGAAGGGGAUUCGUAGCUAUUUGCACCCAUUGGUGUUUGCUUUGCUGUUCAAAGUUCUUGCAUUGUUAGGUCUUGAUACUCCAUGGUUUAUGACCAAGGCUCCACGAUUGCUGCAAGCACUGUUUUCUGCAGUUGGUGAUUUGUACUUGUACAAACUUUCUUAUGCUCUCUUCAAUUAUUCUGUGGCAAAAUGGGCACAGCUUUUCUCUCAAUUAUCAAACUGGUUCAUUUUUUUCUGCUUCAAUCGUACAUUGUCCAAUAGCUUGGAAGCUGUUCUUACACUGGUGGGGUUGUACCAUUGGCCCUGUAUGAGAGAUUAUCCUCAUAAAAUACCAUUGCUUUCAAGGAAGUGGGGUUUGAUUGUAGCAGCACUAGCUUGUGCAAUUCGACCAACAAGUGCUAUCAUUUGGGUCUAUGUUGGCAUUCUUGAGCUUUUUGUCACUUGUGAUAGACUGAGAUUCAUUAUUCUGGAGGUGGUUCCAAUUGGGGGUUUGGUGCUUGGUCUUUCAUGUUUAUUGGAUCGCUUGAUGUAUGGCUCGUGGGUCAUAGUGCCUCUUAAUUUUCUUAAGUUCAAUUUUCUUUCCUCUGGCGGAGAUUAUUAUGGAACUCACAAGUGGCACUGGUACUUCUCUCAGGGAUUUCCUGUCAUGCUCUUCACUUUCUUACCAUUUGCCAUAGCUGGCAGCAUCAAGUCUAAAUAUUGGAAGCUUUCUGGUCUUAUUGCAUGGGUUCUAAUUCUUUACAGUGUAUUGGGUCACAAAGAAUUCAGGUUUGUCUUGCCUGUGCUGCCAAUAGCUUUGAUCUUCUCUGGUUAUGCAUUAUCCGUUAUGGCAAGACCUGAUUCUCCACAUGUUAAGAGGAAAGGUUCUUCAAAGUCUCAUACCAAAUGGCCUUCAAAAGUAGGAUUCGCUGUCAUCUUCUUGUUAGCAACCAAUAUUCCAAUGGCGAUCUAUAUGAAUUUGGUUCAUCAGAGGGGAACUGAGGAUGUAAUGAUCUAUCUAUCCAAAGAAGCCCGCAAUGAGAAAGUGAAGAGUAUCCUAUUCUUAAUGCCCUGCCAUGCCACACCUUACUACUCUACUCUCCAUCACCAUCUGCCAAUGCGUUUUCUAGACUGCACACCAAGUGAAGAGAAAGAAAUCCCUGAUGAGUCAGAUCGUUUCAUGUUCGAUCCUGUUGGUUUUGCAUCAGAAUUGGCAAAAAACUGGUCUCUGCCGAGUCACAUUGUGUUAUUUGAAUCUGAGGAGAGACUGUUGAAGGAUUUCUUGAUUGCACAUUCUUUCAGAGAGAUAAGGAGGUUUUUCCAUGCUCACUUCAAGGUUGACCGCGAUCUUCAAGCAUCAGUUGUUAUCUAUGCUUUAAAAGAUUAAAUUCAAUUGUUUCCUGCAACAAAUCUUUGUAUCAGAAUCUGCCUUCUGAGAAUUCUCUACUUCUUUCUUUUUGGUAAUUUAUUUUUUUCCAAUAAACCAAAUUACUGUUAAAACUACUAGAUUUGAACAAGUUGAUAUCCAAAACAGCUGAGGUGCGUCGCACUACACUAGGGGAUUUUUGAAGUUGGAUUUGCUGUACAUUGCUAUUUUCUGAUAAUUAGAUGACUAUUGUUUAUUAUUA